AUAGCAGCAGUGUUAUGUUGUUCUGAUACGGAAACCAGCAGCAACCGCCGUUUUAAGAAAGGACAGAAGCCUCGAAGUAAACUUCGCUAGUUUCAUGGUUUUCUGCAGCCAUAUUUAGGUCGUUUCUUCAGUAACGGAGGAAGAGUUAAAGAAAAGUAAAAGAGAGUGAUGGGUGGUGGUGGUGGAGUACUGCUAGGCAUGCCUGGACCAUGGGCUGAUGAUAAUCGUGAACCAUCUGAUUUAUACACUUCCAAAAUCGGUGGACUCCCUGAUUGGCCUUUUCCUGCCGAGAACUUAGCACCCAAUUUGCUUAUUUGUGGUGCUUGUGGAAGUAAGCUCUGUCUUGUUGCCCAGGUUUACGCUCCAAUUUCUAGUGGAACUUUAAACAUUGAAGAUCGAACUAUCUUAGUGUUUGGUUGUAUAAUACCAAAUUGUGGGAACACCCCUCUUAGCUGGCGAGCUCUUCGUGUUCAGAAAGUGGACAGUGAGAGAGAGUCAUCUGUGAGUACAGAAGAAGUGGUCCCUUCAACUCCACCAGUGUCAGUUUCAAAAAGUAACUGGCUGGAUGAUGAUAGUGAUGAAGACAUUGAUCUUGAAGCUUUGAGUAAAGCGCUUUCUGAGGCUGGAACAUUGGCUUCUCACUCCAAGAAAAAAGAUGGGAACCGACGAUCCGAGUCUGUUGUAAAGAAUUCCACUUUGGUGGCAAGGACAGGAAUAGACAUGGAAACGCCUGUGGUUCCUUGCUUUUAUAUGUAUACCCAAGAGCCAUCCUCAAAGGACAUUGUUUCUUCCAUAUGUUCAACUUACUCUGAACUUUCCGUUAAGGAGGAACAAAUUUGCAAUUACAAUGAUGAUGAAAUGGGAGAUGCAGGGGAACAGGAAGUGUAUGAAUAUGAUAAAGCUUUAAGUGCUGACAGGACAUACCUCAAGUUCAAGAAACAGUUGGAUGCAAACCCGGAUCAAUGCUUCAGGCACUUGUAUGGUGGAAAGCCACUUCUCGCCACAGCAGAGCUGGGAGACCCUGGCAACUGCAAGUUGUGUGGUGGUUUCAGGCACUUUGAGAUGCAACUUAUGCCCCAACUAAUAUCUUUUCUACUAGAUGGGGCUGAUGAUUGUCAAAAAAAUGUACUAGAGAAUUGGAACUGGAUGACCCUUGUCAUCUUUACUUGCUCCAAGAGCUGUUCCAAUUCAUUUGAUCGAGAAAAAUCCACAACCAGUGGUUGGAUUGUGGCAGAGGAAGCUGUUUUGGUACAAUUUGAGAAAGCCCUGCACGAGUCAAUUCUCCCUGGUUAUUUCUCAUGAUGUGUUACAAAACUGCUGGAAUGAAAGAGUAGAAAUCCAAGAUACACUCUUUUUUCUUCGUCUUCUGGGUGCGAUUGAUUAGCAUUAGUGAUUUAUCCUUGUCUGGUGUAUUUUGUUCUCGGUUUCUGUAGAAUUAAAUGGUUGAUGUGUAGAAAGAGGGGAGUGCUUGUAAAGAAAGGCUGGAAAGAGCUUGGAUGCAGAUAUUGAAAACUGGACGGGUGUUCUUUUAAAUUUUGAUUUUUUUUAAAAUUAAAUAAAAAAUUUAUGUUCUUAGAUUA